CAAACCCGUUCACUUUUUAUUUUCAAUUUUUUUUUCACAAUUUAGUCUCACUUCUCGGCUUCUUCGCCUCCUUUGAAACUUGGAAAGAACUCAAAUCUCCCUCCCACACACACUCUCUCUCUCUAACCAUAUAUAUAGUCAAGAAAGGAAUAAUUUUUGUUUCUCCUUUCACUGCAAAACAAUCAAGUGUUUCUGGGUUAGCUCUACUUUUCUGUGUUAGUAUAUCUUGUUUUCUUGAACUUAGCCUCUGAAAUUGGAAAAAAUUGGUUUUUGAUUUUAAAAGAGAAGUGGGUUUUGGAAAAAAUUAGUUUCUGAUCCAGAAAAAAGAACUUUUGGUGGUUAAGCUUGAAAAUUCGUGUGAUGUCUUGUUCUUUGAAGAUUGGUCUCUCUGUUUCUGGGUCUAUAGAGACCACUGUUAGAUCCAAAACGGUGUAUGGGUUUUGUCCUUCAAUUCCUUGUCUGCAGUCUACAAAUUCAAAAUCAAGAUUUGUGGGCAAAGCCAUGGUUCUCUCAGAUCAAAAGGGCUUAAGAGAAUUGAGCUUCCAAACACCAACCAAUUUCUCUGUUCAUGCACAAUCUUCGAUCUGUGUGAGCAGAGCUAUGAGAUGGUGGGAAAAGACCAUUAAACCCUCCAAUAUGAUGGAGAUCUAUUCUGCUCAAGAACUUGUUGAAUCAUUGUUAAACGCCGGUGAUAGAUUGGUUAUAGUUGACUUUUAUUCCCCUGGUUGUGGAGGCUGCAAAACUUUGCAUCCUAAGAUCUGUCAGAUGGCUGAAUUAAACCCAAAUGCUAUUUUUCUUCAAGUUAACUAUGAAGAACUCAAAACAAUGUGUUAUUCUCUCCACAUACAUGUCCUGCCCUUCUUCAGGUUUUAUAGAGGUGCAGAGGGUAGGGUGUGUAGCUUCAGCUGCACCAAUGCAACUAUAAAAAAAUUCAAAGGUGCAUUGGCAAAGCAUGGGACUGAUAGAUGCAGUCUUGGUCCAGCAAAAGGGCUAGAUGAAUCUGAACUAUUGAAUUUAGCUUCAGCAGGUGAGAUAAGUAAGAAUCUACCAUUACCAUCAUCAUCAUCAUCAACAGAGAAAAAAAUGGAAGAUUCGGUUCUAAAAGGCGUCUCCACUAGUUUGAGUAAGGCAGGGAAUAAGAUGGAACUACUGAGUUUAUCCUAAAAUAUUUGUAGGAUUUAAGCUUAUUUAUUGAGGAUGUUAUAUGGAGUAAAAAGGCUCCAAUUAUUAUUAUUUUUUUCUCUCUUUUUGGUUUUUUUUUUUUUUUUUUUUUUUGGGUUCUUGAAAUGUGUAUACUAAUUAUUGUUGUUGGGUUUUCCUAAGCAAGGCUCUUGGGUUUUUUUUAUAGAUUGAGCCUUGCAAGUUUGGUUAAUCUAUGAUUGGAUUGGAUAUUGUGAUCUGACUAAGGAGAUUAAUACAGAUCUAUCUUUAUUAUUUAUUAUUA